AUGGCAGAUUUGCCAAAGGUUCGAGUGGAGAAGUCACUGGCAUUCACUGUGACCAGGAUUGACCACUGUGGACCCUUCUACUACAAGACCGAUGUACGCAAGAAGUCCCCACAGAAGUGUUACAUAUCGGUGCUUAUUUGCUUCGCCACCAAAGCAGUAUGGCUGGAGCUUGUAAAGGAUCUGACGACAGCUUCGUUCUUGGCCGCCCUCAAACGUUUUACGGCCACAAGAGGCAUUUCAAGAUGCAUUUGGACGGACAAUGCGACCAACUUCGUUGGCGCAAGGAAUGAGCUGGAGAAGCUAAAACGCCUGCUCUUCAGCCAAAAGAACAUCGACGAUGUUCAUGCGCAUUGCCUGAACAGUGGCUUCGAUUGGCGUUUCAUCCCACAUCGAUCCCCGCACUUUGGCGGACAUUGGGAGGCUGCUGUCAAAAUGACUAAGCGGCACCUGUACACUUCAGUCGGAACGGGCGUCCUUGAGAAUCCAGAUGAUCUUGGCGUCCUCACACCGGUCCACUUUCUCAUUGGUCGACCCCUUGCAACGUUUCCGGAGCCGGACCUAUCGUCGUCGGCUGGAUCGUUGGCAACACGUCACCCGCAUUCAGCAGAUGUUCUGGAGAAGGUGGAGCGAGGAGUAUUUAACUCCGCUUCAAAAGCGCUCAAAAUAGCGGUCCUUGGAGCCGUCUGUCAAGGUCAACGAUAUCGUUUGCAUCAAGGACGAACGGCUGCUUCCAUUUAA